GGCGACGUAGCUAAUAAGCUAACCAACCCACCGGACACGUUAAUGUCACCUGACCGAUAAUUAACGUCGGUGGGAGUUUAUUCUGGCCCAGAACACGCUUAAAACACAAAUCCUCAAAAUCAAAAUCCUCGCAACAGAUGUUCGUUCGACCCCUGCCAACAACAGACACCCUCCCUCGCUAGCAUCCGAGGGUGGACAAGGCAAAAAAGGCUAGCAAAGCGAUAACGAGCAGCUAAUCACAACUAAAAAUGAUGCGAGGAGAUAAAAGAGCAGACAUAGCCAACGGGGACAGUCAUUACAGCAGGGCAUGAGGUAAAAAUUUCACCUACCAGUAACUCAAACGAUAUCCACCCCGACUCCGUGUUUGUUAAAAGGUUGAUAUAUGGUGGCAAAAUGAAAAGACAGUGCUAGCUGCUCGUUAGCUCAUGGCUAGCUGUCGGGCUAACUCCAGAGACUGAGCUGGUUAGCUGUUAGCAGCGGACUGACUGCACGUCCUGUGGGCUUGGCUCCGUCUGACAACGCCCGCCCGCCUGGGAAAACUACACAACACUCUCUUUUACUUUCUCAACAUGAAUUUAACUCCAAUUUACAGCUAAUAAUAAAAAAAGGUCCCUAAAAUUGAAUAAUACAUGUACAAAUAACAUAACGUCAGCGUUAUAAUGGUAACUACAUUGCAGUUUAAGGUAAAAUACAAAAAAAAAGGAGGUGGAUUAAACAUGCAUGAUAAUUGAUCAAUUAGCUAAUCCGUAUAAUUGUUACCACGUUUGUGAAAGCAGAGCCCUUUUGUCAAGCCAGAAAAAGAGAGAAACGUCUUAAAAACUAAGGUAAUUUCUGUUUAAAUGCAUUUUUAUUGAAAUAAACAACUCAGUACAGAAAAAUUUUGCAACUUAAACCCCAAAUCCACAAGUAAAAAUGUCUUAACUUUAUUUGUAUAGGGGAAACCAUGUUAAAUUAAUGCAUACAUUGUAUUUUCUUUAACUUUUGAUGACAUGAUCAGACAGGUGAUCAUUGUAGUUUGUAUUUAUUGAAGAUUAGGGUUGCAGAAUUCUAGGAAUUUUCAAAGUUUUUCCAUGGGAAAAUUGGAUUAUGUUUAAUUGCAUCAUCCCUAUCACAUAAAAUGAAUCCAAUUGUUGCUUAAAGCUCCCUCAAAGUGAAGAAAAAGCUGUUAACACUCAAUAAGAGUGGACGAUAAUGCUACUUUUUCUCUUUUUGUGCUUUAGGGAUGAAGGCAAAGGUGAUCAUUUCUGACCUACACUUGAAAUUUGCACAAAAGCCAUGGAAUGAAACCUUCCAGCUUGUCCGAAGAUGCAUGGUAGGACUGUAAAGACAUAUUUGUAUUUUAAAAAAUUCCCCUUCGUUACUUCCCAUGAAGAAAUCCUCUUUUGCAGAGCUAUUUUAAAGUAGCUCUAUGCAGAGAAAAUGUGCAUACUUUAAUGAAAGUUGCUGGGCAGUUAGUGGAUCACUCCUCUAACAUGAUGAUGUGCUACAAAUCGGGAACUGGUGUGGUGAUGCACUGAUAAUGAGAUCAUCUAUCGAGGAACACACAAGUCUUUGUUGUUGGAUCAGCAGGCUGUGCAUCAACUGUGACUUGGAUGCACUUCAACUAAAUGGCAAAGUGUGUGUGUGUUUGUGUGUGUGUGGGAAGCUUUUUAAGUUGUAUCUAGGUUGCCUCAUGGCCCUGGCAGUAUCCUGUAUGGCAUUACAAUCACUAUCUUUUAGCUUACAUCAUUUGUUUUGCCUCUAUUUACAUACUAGUGAAGAUGCCACUCUUUAUCAUUUAAGUUAAACAGAAAGGCGAAAAAACAUGUACGCUGCGAUACCAGCUUGUACAUUUAGGUUAUGUGAGGGUGUAUUAGUUUUUGUGAGAUUCGUCAUGGGUGGAGCACUGGAGCAGAUAAUACUUGUGGAUUAAUACAAAGUGGAGCUUGGCAGUGGUCAGUCUCUGGAGUCUGGUAAAGAUUACUUGGUGGUCUGAAGUGAUGUGUGGUCCAAAGGGAUAAGGCAGCUGGGGCGUGUCGUAGAGUUUCCUGCCAGCGGUGAUGCAGAAGAGGACUUUUCUCUGACUGUGCUUCUCCUGGAGGCAGUUUCUGAUGUAUUUUUUGUACACCCAUGUGCAUGCACUGCUAAUUAAAACAUCCCAAGUGUGAAGCAUCCAAGUGAAAACACCACACUUGGCAGGGUGUCGUGCAGCCUCUGUGUUUUGGGAUGGGCCGGGACGACCAAAGACUGUUUAUACAAGGAGGACACUGUCACACAACCACUCCAUUGUUGUGCUUUUCUCCUUUUUGUCCCCCGAUAGGACAAAUCCAGAGAUGAAUCCAAACCCUGUGAGCCAUUGGUGAGAUCGUUGGAAAGGCUCCAGGAAGUUUUUAAUGGUAAAUAAGCUGCAUUAUGGAAGAUUCUGUCUGUACUAUUUGAAUUCACUUUAAAUCACUUAACAUGUGAGUAACUGGCCUCUAUGUUUUUCAGUGUCCUCUCUAAGCGCCACAAAAUCUCGUCUGGAAAUGGUUGCCAAAAAACAACGGUAGAAAGUUGACUUCAAUGUGCAACUUUGUAGACUUGAGAUAUCAAAAUUGUCCUUUUCACAAUAUACAAUAUAUCACAAUGUUCCAUUCUCAGGAUGGGAUUUCACAUUACUGAGGCCACCUGCUACUUCACAGCUGACCUCUUCUACCUGGAGGUGGUGUUGCUGCCAUGUGGCGGGGUGAGAGAGGUAAAAGUAGCCCCACAUGGAGGAUCCCCUGUUGUAAGUAUUUCACCUUUCCCUGCAUAAGUUAUUCCUCCCUUUUUUACUGAGCAGUGAACAUUUUUAAUUGUCUUGCAGCCCAGCGAGUCAUUUCUUCAGCUGCUGAGGUGAGCAUUAUAAAGACGGUAAAUUUUCAAGGAUGAGGCUUUGAUGGCUACUCUUAGCACAGCAAUCCCCUGUGCAAUAAACAGAGAUGACGGUGAUUCUUAAUGGUUAAUUCAAAAGAAAUAUGUGGCUGAAAAUGUGGAUUGUUUUUGGCGCAGGUCACACAAUUUUGCAGGAUUCUCUGAGAAGCUGGAAGGUCUCUACAACCAGUACAACAUCCCAGGAGACGGGUGGGUGUGCCAUCCACUAAUCAAAUAAUUAAUUUAUCUGUUAUCAGCUGUGGCUUUUCUAACAUCUUUGUUGUUUUGUUACAGUGAAGUCAAAUUAAAAUUGUUUGCAUCUCUUCAAUGUCUGGGGAAGGAUUUGCAGCAAAUAUCAACUUUAGACGAGUAAGUGACGAGAAAUAAAACUUGUUUAAUUUUCAUAAUCACUUUUAACUCGGCAUAUUACUUUUUAAGCCCAAUCUUUCUGGAGAUAGAUAAAUGCUUUUUAAACAUUAUUAAGUUGACUGAUUUUUAGGUAAAAGCUUGGCUACAUAAAUGUGGCUUGUUUAGCUUUAGCUAGCUUGAAAAGUAGCUUAAAAAGUAGCAUAGUUUCCUUUGAAUUGAGUUUGAUUCAAAGACGUAGGUGGCUUUGAGUUUUGUAAGUAUAAAUAACAAUCCAUGUUUAAAGUACAAUGUUUCAAUUUGACUACCCCCAAGAUAGAGGCUAGAUUAGACUUACUUAUGGAACAUAUGAUUAGCUAAAUUUUAGAUAACCAUAUGCUACAUUUUUCCCUAAUUUAGCUUUUUACAAAGGCCAAAUAUCUGCUGAAUUCCAAUCAUUAAAUAUGAGAAUUUGAUAUUGGUUUGCUUAAAAUCUAACGUUUUACACUUUAUCUGUAUCAAUAUUUACCGAGGGGCAAGCUACAUGAAAUUUACCGUCAAAAAGCUAAAAUAUAACUAAAAUAAAUGUUAAUGCCAGGUUCAGUAUGUCAAUGAUGAAAGUAUAGAAAGUGUCUGAAACAAACUAUAAUCAACUAUUGUUCAUGUUUCAGGACAUCACAAGCCUUUAGCACUGCAGUGGAAGUGAUAAAUAAUGGCAGAAUAGGUUGUGUGAUAGCAGAGAAAGAAGGUAAAUAACAACAUCACAGGAAAUUAAGUUAUCGUCCCUUUUUCUGAAGUUAUAAUCAAGUUUGUUUUUCUAGAUUGCCCCCUGAUUAUCCAGUUUUACACAAACCGUACUAAUGAAGCAGAGACGUCAGAUCUCAGUAAGUUGUUUUUGUUGUCUACCAUUCGGAGAGUAAAAGCUUACAUGUUUAAACUCUAACAGUCCUUGUUUGUCCUUGUUUUUAAAGCUAUGACAGACACAGAGCGAGUCAUCAAUGCAGCUCAGGUUACAUUAGGUGACAGUGAUGUAACUCGCGAGCUUCAGAUGGCGCCUGUGAUCGCACAGCCUGCACAGCUGGACCCCCAGGGGUAACAUGUUACUGUUUAAUCUGCGGCUCAGCAGGACACUGUUCAUUUUCCACCCCACUGAGAAUGUGAAUACCUGUGGUGUUUCAAAUUGUGUCCUGUGGCAGUUUUCCUGUGUUCCUGCCUCUGAGUGAGGUGCAGUGUGAGACAAUGCCGGCUGUCUUUCUUCUUAAACUGCAGCCCGCCAUCCCAGUAAUGGCAUCUUUUAUUAACAGGAUCGGCCAUGUCACAGGUAGAGGCACUUUAAACAAAGAAAGAAAAAUUCUACAAAUAUAGUCGGUUUAGUCAAGAGUUGAAUUUUUCUGUCUGUGAUGUUCACAGAUGUGGCCAUACCAGAUGUUGGCCUGCAGUGGGCACCAUUACCCAAGCUUCUGAUGAGGCGUUCAAGUGCACACAUCCAGCAGGAAAUAUUAGACGAGCAGGAUGCUACAUUUAAAGUGGUAAGCAGGUUUUAACAUGAUAUGGUUAAUUUUAAACAUAUUUCAAUGAAGUUAAAGGAGCCAGUGCUUUUAUUAGUUUUCUUCUCCAGUCUCUUCCAGGUGAUGUGACACACAGUUAUGUUCUACCUGGAGCUGCAUGGAAAGAGUCCACCCACAGAGCAGCAGUUAUAGACAGCGUUCCCUUCACCCACCCAAACCACGUCCCCGCCCUGCUGGAGCUGCUCCGGCAUCAGUGUGUCAUCAACACCCUGCUGAGCAGCUGCUUUGUCUCUCACUGUGAGGGAACAGGUAGGAGAAUUUUAACAUGGUAAAGAUCAGACAAGAAAAUUCAUCAUCUGCACAUGCAAAGUGUGACUCUUUUAUUGAUGAAUCUUCUGUCAGGUUUAGUUUGUGAUCUUCACUUUGAAGUCCUUCCUGAAUCUGAGAGCAGCUUCUCUGUGACCUUCCAGCCACCAGGAACUGACUCCCUCGCUGUUUGUGAGCAAUUCUGACAUUUUCUGCCAUAGUUUUGUUUAUAUUUUUAGACACAUCAUUUACACCUGGUAUCAAAACAUUAUUUACAUCCUGAUUUAUCAUUUGUCUAAUAACCAAUCCCAUCUAAGGGUGGCUUACUGAGUCACGUCUUGACUCUUUGCAGUGAAACUAAUAAGAUUAUUCCUUCUCUUUCCCCUCUUGGGGCAAUUUACAUACUUAAAUUAAUCAGAUAUCUUGCUGUAUCAUUAUAUGACUUUCUUUUAGUGUACCAAACACAGCAGAAUAAGCUGUAUUCUGAUGUUAUUGCUAUCAUGGGCCAUGCUUUGGAUAUCAUGUCAUCAUGUCAUGAGUUACCCUGCGAUCCCAGCUCCUAGUCGCGUCUUUUCUUAACAUCCGCACAGUGCAUUUUUUUUUUGUUUGGUUCAUGUUAUCUUCAUUGAGAUCUGAUCUGUCCUCAAGAGGAAAACCCGCAGAGCGAACUGAUGACAAAGGCACAUUGUGCAGAUUUACACACACAGUGGAUCCAAACACAGUAAGAGCCACACUGCCUCCAGAUGCAGUCGGACAGAUCUGAUAAAGAUGUUGCACCCUGGAUGAGAAGACAUCUUUUUUCCAUUUCGAGAUCAUACUUUUAUACCAGGAGCAAUGUUAUUAGAUCAAAAUAUUGUCCAAUAAUCAUAAAACUGAUGGCUUAAUAUUAUCUUUUUGCUUGUUUUUGUUGCAGUGCUGGUGAAUGUAUCCGAUCCCCGUCACAUUAAAUGUACUCUGUAUGGAGCUGGGCCAUCAGAUCCCUCAAUGGAUGAAAACCUAUCCAAGGUCUUGAAGAGGUAUGGCUCUGGAUGAAAAUAAGAUUGAAACAUAUAAGAUAUAAAAGCUAAAAAUGUAAAAGCAUUGCACCAUGAAGAACAGAGUUUUUAAAGUUCUUCCACCUGAUGCUCCUCCUGUCGUCUUUCAGGUGUUUGUCUGUCCCCGUCACUCUCAGCACUCUCUACAGCAAGCUAGAUGAGAUCACCGCCGCUCCAAUUUCUCCAAGCCACCCAGCCACCACAGAGGCCCAAAAUGACCACUCUGCUCCCUCAAACGCCACCGUGACCGACACCAGCGGCGCCUCCACCGUGUUCUCCCAGAGUGCAUCUGUGCCAGAGGACGGCUUCAGUGUUCCUGGACCGGCCUGCUAUGCUGUUUCUGUAUCCAAAUCUGAGCUCUGUCCUGAAAUAAACACCAGUCCUGCUGUCCACCCGUACCCAUACACCCCUCCAGUGGGGGCGUUCUCACAUUGGGUGACGAGUAACGGACAACUGUCAGACCCUAUCUGAAACUGUGCCCACAUUACCUUGUAGACCCCAGCUUUAAAAAGAGUGAUAUUUUCAUACUUUAUCAAAUGUUUUAGUAAAGAUUAUGCUUUAUUCUUACAUAACUUUAGUUUCCUGUAACUCAUACUGGGUCAGAAAGUGUUAUCUCUUUCUCCUUUUGAGUGUUUCUUACUUUGCAUUCCAGCGUGGCAGAGACUGCCGGUUGUAAAGGUUUUGAGGUUUGGCGUUUGACCUCUCUCUCCCAGACAGCCAAGAGCCGGCUGAUUGGUACCAUGUGAGCCAAUCAAACAUUUUUAGAGUGCAUGAUGCAUUCUUGAUGGCUCGUAAGAGUAAAAAAGAUCAACAAACGACACACUGUAGUAAGAAAUAGCUUGACUGGAUCCAUAAAUAACAUCCUGAAUGGGGUUUGACAUUGUGCUAACAUGAAAUUGUUACAUUGGUGACUUGAGUUUUGGCGCACUUGGUAAUGUUUUUGUCAUAUUUUUUCAGCCGUUUUAUGUGCAACAGAGACAUGGCAGUCGGUGUUGAAGAGUAAAACCUCUGUGGAAUGGGAAAUCCCAAAGAAGCACAUUAUAUUUGAAUGCAGACUAGCAAAACUUCCCAUGUUUGAAGCACCAGCAGUACAGAAUGAGUCCUAUUUUCAAAUGUUUUAUUUGUUAGAGAAUUAUGUCUGAUUGAAAACUUACAUUUGUUGAAAAUAAAAGCAUUGCAAAUAUCAAUAAAAGUUUAUUUGUC